AUGGAGACCAUCUGGAUCUACCAGUUCCGCCUCAUCGUGAUCGGGGACUCGACGGUGGGCAAGUCGUGCCUCCUGCACCGCUUCACGCAGGGCCGCUUCCCGGGGCUGCGCUCGCCCGCCUGCGACCCCACGGUCGGCGUGGACUUCUUCUCCCGCCUGCUGGAGAUCGAGCCGGGCAAGAGGAUCAAGCUGCAGCUGUGGGACACGGCGGGGCAGGAGCGCUUCAGAUCAAUAACUCGAUCUUAUUACCGCAACUCAGUUGGCGGAUUUUUAGUAUUUGACAUUACCAACCGACGAUCUUUUGAACACGUGAAAGAUUGGCUGGAAGAAGCAAAAAUGCACGUACAGCCAUUUCGGAUUGUAUUUCUGCUGGUGGGACAUAAAUGUGACCUGGCUUCGCGACGUCAGGUUACAAGGGAAGAAGCUGAAAAGCUGUCAGCAGACUGUGGUAUGAAGUAUAUAGAAACCUCAGCAAAGGAUGCCACAAAUGUGGAGGAAUCCUUUACAAUCCUGACCAGAGACAUAUAUGAACUUAUCAAAAGGGGAGAGAUUUGUAUUCAAGAUGGCUGGGAAGGGGUUAAAAGCGGCUUUGUUCCAAAUACGGUGCAUUCUUCUGAGGAAGCGGUAAAACCCAGGAAAGAAUGCUUCUGCUGACUUCCCACAGGCCAGAGGACUCCCGUGAACAGACUGGGUGUCAUCCCAGGAUCAAUACCAACGUUAACUUCAGCAGGAGACGCAAUGGCAGCAUUUAGGACACAGUUAUAAAUCGAUGCUAAUGCUAUUUUGUAAGGUAUUUAAUUCAGAGCGCUAUGCUUGCUGGUGACGCUACCAGAUUGGGGGUUGUGCUAAAUUAUCAGGCAAAGCAGACAACCUUUUCUUGAAACUGGAGUGUCUCCGGAAUGAUCCCCGUUCUCCCUUUGUUAGCACAUAGCUAACCGUAAUGUUCGCAUAUACCAAUAUUACUCAUUUUUCUUGACAGUUUGAAAUGGGGUUUUUUUGUGCAUAUAUAAUCUGAUCGAAAAGAUUCUAUCAGGAAUUACAUUCUCCUGAGCUCAUCUGUUAAUGCUGAAUAGCAAAGUGGAUUUAAAAGUGCAGUGUUUGCUUACAAAGGAACGAUCUCAGAGGUAUCAUCCACUAGGACGAAAAUAAUAAUUCCAUAUUUAAUGUGCCAGAUUUUAAACCAUUCUUUGAAAUAUUUAUCCUCCCUUAAUUUACCUGGACGUAAGAAAAUAAGUUUUAUACUCAUUUUUGUUCUCUGAUUUUUGCUCUUGAUAGAUUUAUGUUUUGUAAAGAUAUCUAAGGAUCCAAGCAAAAUAUUUUAUCGCAAAUAUUGGUAAAAAUAAAAAUGAAGGACCGUUCAUCAGCAAGUGUUUUGAUGUUAUAGUAUAUUGUCCUUAUUUAGACAAGGAAAGUUCAUUUAUAUACCGACAUUUUCAAAGAAAGUAAAUGCAAUUUACCUUGAACUGUUGUCAAAAUUAUCAGUAUAGGUAAAUACAGAAUGUUUUUAGUGAUCGCUUUUUUGUCCAAUUAAGUUUCUGAAUUUCCCGGUUCUGGGACAAGAAAAGUAUAGGAAAGAAAGAUUUUUCUGGGCAAGGAAGAUUGGUUAGAUGUUUGAUAUAUUUAGCAUUCAAAUUGCGUUUCAGUAAAAUUAAAGAUAGAAUACUGAGUUAAGGCUAUAAAAUGACUUUUGAGUUUUCUAAUUUUUAACUUAUUGAUUAAAUUCUCCUCCUGGCAGGGACAUUUUGAUAACAAUAGUUUACAGCAUACAUUUCUGUUCUGUUCUGUGAAGCAUUCCCAAUCGCAAAGGAGCACCAAAUGCAGCCACCUUUUUGGAAUUAUGAGGUUUACUGUCAACCUGCAGUAUCUUCAUUUGUUUGAAAACCAAAGUGAUAUGGUGGAAAGAAUAUUUAACGAGAAAUCAGAAUACCUGGGUUCUAAGCUUGCCUUUGCUGUACCGGUAUCUGAACACGAGUGAGUCACUUAAUCUUGCUAAGCAUCCAUUGUCUUAACUGUAAGAUGACAAUAAUAACCCCAUUUAUUGUAUUUCAUGGACUAAUUUUGAGAAUCAAGCGAAUCAUGUGACAAAGCUUUGUAAACAGAGAAAGCAUUAUGCAAAUACAUAAUGAGCUUGGUCUCAGCUGCUCGCGGGCAUACUAUUAUAUUUACAAUGGAUGAGAAUGUUGUUUUCUCACAUUCUUUCCCAUUUCCACAUUCUGCAGAGGGAGCAGAGGAAGGUGCAGGCUUUCCUGGACCCGAGGGAUCUCUUGGUUUCAUGUGGGCCCUGUGCCCUCGUGCCCUGAAACACUGCUCCUCCCAAGCGGAAAUGAUUGGGAGGGAAAUCCCAGGAGACAUAACUCCAUCCGGAAUCAUGUUUGAAUGUGGUUUUGUGCAUCUUUGGAGUAGAUAUUUGAUUAUAUUUUAAGUAACUGUACGUUUUCUAGGUUCAUGGAAGUAUUUUUAAUAGUGCUUACGGAGAGAAGAAUAUAAAUUAUAACAUCCCUAUAAGAUUUUGAAUAGUUGUAUUGUCAACAUUUUCUUGAUCUCCUUGCAUUCGUUUCACUUGAGUGAGUUCAAACUGUAAUUGAUCAGGUAAGAAUACCUGUCCCCGCCAAAUGUGAAACAAUUUAUUUUUACUGCUACCAUUUUCAAUCUUACGUUACAGUUUUGCACCAGUCCAAAAUGGCACCAACUCAAAAACUGGGUAUCUAACAACAGUUUAAGGUUUAAACAGGCACCUGUGCCUACUUGUGAAGUUAAACAACUAAAAUAUAAAAUAUGAUUUAACUUCUGGACACCCUUUAUAAUACUAAUGGUGGGGUAAAACUAACAUUCAGGCUAAAGGGUUCUGAUGUUUUUCAAGACUUAGAAUAGAACUAAGGAGGCAGAAGAAACAAACGGAAAUGCAGGGCCCCCAAAGUUGAUACUUAACCAAGGUCACACAUGAGCAGAAGCAAGCCUAGAUCUCUAGUUCUCCUUAUACCUUAGUUGGGGUUCUUUUCAUUACCAUGCUGUGUCAGGUGUGUGUGUGUGUGUGUGUGUGUGUGUGUGUGUGUGCUGAAGAAAAGGGAAAAUGUGAUCUAACUGAAUCCACAAAAUUCUAAAAUUGGCCAUAUAGUUUUGAGGUUAUGGAAGAGUGGUUUGUGGUACAACAAUAUUAAAAUGAACAAUAACUACAAAGAUCUGAGUUCUUAUGCAAGGUUGCCAAAUUUCUGUAUAACCUUAGCCAGAUAUCUUUAUCCAUAUAGAUAUAUCUAUAUAAAAUAACUGACCUAUUUUCUUACACAUCAUUAUGGAGAAUGUGGAUAGUGACACCGAAAUAGUAAAAAUGUUUGCUCCAGGCAAAACAUUUUGACUAAGUGUCUUAGAAGUCAGGUAUACUUGAAUCAGAUUAUCAUUGAUAUUAUUUCAUUUCAAUUAUUCAAUUUAAAUUUAAACCUAUUUAAAUUUAAAAUUUAAAACUAACGAUGAUGUAGCUAAUUACUAAGUAUUUUUAAUAAACAUGAUAAAAAGGAAAUGAAAAACUAUCUAAUCAUAUGAUACCCUUUCCCUGAGAAAUGCUUCUCAUCUUGAACUGUAUUAACACUUCGCAUACAGUAAUGUGAUGUUCAUUAAAUGGUAAGCUGAAGCCAAAAUGAUUUUGUAAACAGAAUGCUUUUAAAUGUGGCCUUUAUGUACAUAAUAGUAGCAAACAAGAUUUCUUGGAGAGUUUACACUAGAUUUCCAAAAGCCUCAAAAUACUCCAUGAUUGUUUCCAGGGGCGACCAAAGCAGCCUUUAUUACCGUUAAGAGGACUUUCCCAAUCUAUUAAUCCAACUUUAUAGUAUUCAAAAACUGAAUCUAUGGAUUAAUAAAAUCCUUUUAAGAGUACUUUUGAUUCUAUAUUGCCUUUGGUUCAAUCAAGUACAAAGCCUCGCAGACUUGAAAGAGUGCGCUAUAUUUGAAUAAUUUCCUUAGGUCUGACCGAGUGACAAGGAUGUGAAAGACUAAAGACCCAUUUCAUAAGCUGAUUCAUUUGUUCCCCAGUAACUGCCCGCAAAGAUUUAGUUGGAAAUGCAAAGGAAGCAUGUAAUCUUUAAGAAAAAAAAAGAAGAAAGACUAUAAAGACUUUAAAGUUAGGUCCUUUGUGUUUUAAAAUAGAGUAUGUUCCCAACAAGAUGCUUAACUCUUGGAAAUUUCACAGCUGGUAAAAGUUGUCUCUGCUUCCGAAUCCAGAUCUUUCUAAAUCCCCGUGUCUUCACUAAACCUUCCUGAGCGACCAAUCUUCACCUGAUACCAAAAUAACUAGCAAACCAUUCUCCCAAAUUUGGGUGAACGACUACAUGACUUGGUGUUUCUAUAAUCCUAGAAUGACGGUAGACACACGAGUGCUGAACUGUAACAAUCUGUGUCAAUCAUUACAGACUCUGGUUCGCUUAUUACACAUAAUCAUGUGGGAGAGUAAAUGAAGAGAAAAGAAACAAUUUUAAGAUUAUUUUCAAAGUUAAUGUUCCUUAUUGUUAUCUCUCUGGGUAAAUUUUUUUUGUCUUUUUUUUAAAUGGUGCCUAAAACAUUGUCUCGUUGAUGUGAACUUUGGUGACUAGCAAUCAAUGGUUAUUAUGUUGAAUUAAUCCUAUUGAAUGUGGAUCUCAUAUACAUGGUUUUAAUUUACACAUUCCACGGAGAAACUUGUUUUGCUAUAAUCAUCUUUUGCCAUUUUUUUUUCUUAGAAUGAAAACCAAUGGGAGAAAGAUAUGGUUUACAUUUUUUGAAGUAUGUUAUGAGUGUUACUUGAUUUUAAAUAAUGAAUAAAAAGAAUGAGAACUAUGGUUGUCA